UACUUACGUUUAGGCUAAUAGUCCACGAGGACUAGGAGGGCCGUCACAGGGUAGAUUUAUUCUCUGCAGCACCUGAGGGCAGGUCAAAAAGAAAUGGGUCUGGAUAGAUCCUUUUCAGGCAUGAAAUGUUGAGGGAAGAUCCAUACACAUGGGGGCUCUCUAGAACAGUAUUUCUCAAACUUGACAACUUUGAGACACGUGGACUUCAACUCCUAGAAUUCUCCAACCACCAUGAACACAGUACUAGGAUAUUGUCUUCACUUUGGAAGCUGAGAAUUGGGAUUACAUGACACCAUUUGUCCAUUUAUGCAUUGCAGCCCGUCCAGCUGAGCCUUUUGAGCUACUACCUCAUGCAGUUCUCCACCUACUGUUCUUUGGUCAUUUCAAUUCCUUUUGAUGUCAAACAGAAGGACUUUAAUAUGAUGAUUAUCCACCAUGUGAUUGCCAUCUUGCUCAUUGGCUUCUCCUAUUGCACCAAUUUCAUCCGUAUUGGUUCAGUUAUCAUGUUCCUACAUGAUAUUUCCGAUGGUCUGCUGCAUAGUGCAAAGAUGUUUAAGUACCUGAAGUGGCAGAAAGCCUGCAACACACUCUUUAUCAUUUUCUCAGUGCUAUUCCUCUUUACUCGUGGCAUCGUUUUUCCUUACAAGGUUCUCUACAACACAUAUUACUAUUUGGCGGAGGUCCACCCGCCUUAUUUUGGCUACUACUUCUUCAAUGCCUUCCUGAUGCUCCUGCAGCUUCUCAACAUUUUAUGGUCCUGCCUGAUCAUCCUCAUGAUUUAUAGGUUCCUGAUCCAUGGCAAGGUGGAAAAGGAUGUGCGGAGCGACUCAGAGGGCAGCGAGGAAGAGGAUGUGGAUGAAGUGGACCAGAAGGCAGAACAAAAAACCAACAACAAAACAUCACCAUUGUCAAGGAAUUGUGCAGCAGCUGACAGGACCAAAACAGAGAGGAGGGAGUGAAGCUAUUUUCCAAAGCAGCUGAAGGCCAAACAAGGAAUAAUGGAUGGAAACUUUUCAAGGAGAGAUUCAACCUAGAAAUAAGAAGAAAUUUUCUGACAGUGAGAACUAUCAACCCAUGUAACAGAAGUUGCCUUCAGAUGUUGUGGGCACUUCAUUAUGGGAAGCUUUCAAGAAGAGACUGGAUAGCUAUUUGUCAGAAAAGGUAUAGGAUCUCUUGCUUGAGCAGGGGGUUGGACUAGAUGACCUACAAAGUCCCUUUCAACUCUGUUAUUCUAUUCUAUUCUAUUCUAUUCUAUUCUAUUCUAUUCUAUUCUAUUCUAUUCUAUUCUAUUCUAUUCUAUUCUAUUCUAUUCUAUUCUAUUCUAUUCCUAUUCCUAUUCCUAUUCCUAUUCCUUUCUAUUUCUAUUAUUUCUAUUCUAUUUUCAGGAAAGAGGAGCAUCAUGAGGUAAAUCACAAACCACAUACAGCUCACACAGAAGAAAAAAGCGGGAAAAAGGGAAAGUCCCCCUUUACACCCACAGUAACCUAUCAUAGCAUAGAUUGCCUCAUGCACAAACAGACAAGAUAGUCAGGAACUUCAUGAGAUAAAUCAUGCAGGAGCAGACAAGCUAGUCAGAACACCGGAAAAUCAUGAGGUAAAUCAAACAGUAUAUAGAACACAGAGAAGAAAAAAGGUGAGGAAAAAAGGGAAACUCCCCCUUUAUGUUUACAGCAUCCAAUCACAGUGUAGCUUGCCUCAUGCAAGCUUGUCAGGAACCCAGAAAUAUUGUGAGGUAAAUCAAACAAUAUACAGAACACAGACUAAAUGACCUACAAAGUUUCUGCUGUUCUGUUCUGUUCUGUUCUGUUCUAUUCUAUUCUAUUCUAUUCUAUUCUAUUCUAUUCUAUUCUAUUCUAUUCUAUUCUAUUCUAUUCUAUUCUAUU